AUGACGACUGUAUAUAAGCAGAAAUCCCUAGAUGUACCUAAGACACAAGUGUUUCUACGGGUUGUAUUUUUGAAGAUAGGAGAAAUCAACACUCUGAAGGAAAAAUAUGCAGCAGAUGUAUUUUUACAAGCCAGAUGGCAGCUACCACCAGGUCACCAAAAGCCCACCAGAUUAACUGAUUACAAUAAAGAUUCUGUCUGGAAUCCACAACUUAUAAUAGAGAAUGUGUUAGGAGACAGUCGAGAAGAUAUUUGGAGAUAUGCUGAACCUUCCGCCGAUGGCAAAUUAUCUAUUUAUGAAUGCAGACGAGUUAAAGGUGUAUUUAUUGAGAAUCUAGAAUUACAACACUUCCCAUUUGAUACACAGGAACUCUCCUUAACAAUAUCAUCAGAGUUAUCCGAACUGGAAGUUGAACUGUUAGAAGAAGCUGAGGAACUGAGUAGUGUCAAUAAACAGAGUUUUGUAGAUGAACAGGAAUGGAGGCUAUAUGAACAUGUCGAGAUGUUUCCUAAGAUAUCAACUAAAGAAUAUACUAGUUCUAAAGAUAGACAUCCAGUUAUGUUAGUUAUGUGUCAUGCUGCAAGAAGGCCUGGAUUUUUCAUUUGGAACAUUUUUCUUAUUAUGAUGCUGAUAACGUUGCUUUCAUUUGCAACUUUUGCUGUUGAAAUAUUUUUGACACAGAAUCGUUUACAAUUGUCUUUCACUUUGAUGUUAACUGGAGUUGCUUUUAAAUUUGUGGUGAACCAAUCUUUACCACGGAUAUCUUAUUUAACUUAUUUGGAUAAGUAUAUAUUAUCCUCAAUGGUUUAUAUCUGCCUGGUUUGUAUAUGGCACUCUGUUAUUGGGCAGUUACACGCUAACAAUAUGGAUUCCAUGGCUAAAAAUCUCGACUGGAAAGCUUUGGUGUGUUUUGUAUCAGCCUAUAUUCUAGCUCAUUUUGUUUUUACUACAUGGAUCUAUAAAAAUUCUUGGAGUAGAAGAAAAUUGAUGAACAGAAAGGAUGAUCUUUUCAAGGAGAAACUAGAAGCCAUUAUUCGAGAAACAAAUAAGAAAGACACGGCCUUCAAAAAGAGAAGGCAGAGUAUAUGGAAACCAGCAAGUAGUGUUAAGAAAUCGUGGGACCCAGUCUAA